CAAAACAAAAGUUUUCCUCAUAGGGACCAGCCCAAAUGUCCCCACAAGGAUAGAAAUGGAAUAUCUGACCAUUUUGAACUUGUGGGGACAUUUGGGCUCAUCAAGUUAUUUAAACAUGCUCACACACACACACACACACACACACACACACACACACAAAACCAUUUCCAGUUCUAAGUCCAGCUAAACUCUGAAUGGGUUGGAUAUAGAGGUGUGUUUUCCACGCGAUAUUCGACACCAGAAGCUGAAUUCAGCAUAAAUCCAAACCUGGUGCAGAGCUGCAUUAGUGAACCAGAGGAGACCGAAGAGAAGUUCAUUCACAUCUUGGAUGUACGGUUUAAGAGCACGUUGCUCUCAGGAAGCUUGUUAGUCACUUCGAUCUCACAUAGGAGCUGAAUGAGCGCUUUUAAGCUGCCGGAGAAGAUCCGAGGAGAUCCUACACACACCGAGACGCUGUUAUCCAAAGUUCCAUCUCCCGAAGGUCAAAGGUCACGUCACCAUGAGUCGCACAUGGCUAAGAGGACUUACUCUGGUUUUUUUAUCCCAGAGCGCUUUCUCCAUGACUCUCUUUAACGCCACGGAGCUGAGCUCUCUGUUGGAAAAAUAUGCUGAUGAAAACGUAGCAAAACCGAGAGGGAAGCGGGCAAUCAGCGCCAUCGAUAAACAAGCCAUCCUGGACCUGCACAACAAACUCCGAGGUCAAGUUUAUCCACCAGCGUCCAAUAUGGAAUACAUGGUUUGGGAUACUGAAUUGGAGCGAUCUGCUGAAGAAUGGGCUGAGACAUGUUUAUGGGAACACGGACCAGAAGGCUUGCUUAAUUACAUCGGCCAGAACCUAGGAGUUCAUUGGGGAAGGUAUCGCCCUCCUACAUCUCAUGUUCAGGCCUGGUACGAUGAAGUUAAAGAUUAUUCCUUCCCAUAUCCUCAAGAGUGUAAUCCUUAUUGCCCAUUCAGAUGUUCAGGGCCGGUGUGUGCUCACUACACACAGCUUGUUUGGGCAACCAGCAGUCGAAUCGGUUGUGCCAUUAACGUGUGCUAUAAUAUGAACGUCUGGGGACAAAUCUGGACGAAGGCUGUUUAUUUGGUCUGCAAUUACUCACCAAAAGGGAACUGGUGGGGAAGUGCUCCAUAUAGACAUGGUACACCAUGCUCAGCAUGUCCACCCAGCUAUGGAGGAGGAUGUAAAGACAAUCUGUGCUAUAAAGAUGACAAUCAGUACUAUUACGAGGAGACGGAGGAAGACAACAUCAUCGAACCUGAAGCACCGAUCACGACAAGACGCCCCGACACACACUCACACACACACAGCAUCACUGUUCUGAGCACCGAACAGAUGUCACAACUUGUAACAUGUGACACGAAACUUCGAGACCAGUGUAAAGGCACGACAUGUAACAGGUAUGAAUGUCCAGCUGGAUGUUUGGACAGCCCUGCAAAAGUGAUCGGAACUGUGUAUUACGAAAUGCACUCGAGCAUCUGCAGAGCCGGUCUUCAUUACGGAGUGAUCGAUAACAAUGGCGGCUGGAUGGAUGUCACAAGAAUGGGCAGGCAGGAGUUUUUCAUCAAAUCAUACAAAAAUGGAGUUCAGUCUCUCGGGAAAUAUCAGAGUGCCAACUCCUUCACUGUGUCCAAAGUGUCCAUACAAGUUAUUACAUGUGAGACUACAGUGUCUACAUUGUGCCGCUAUGAAAGCCCUGUUAAACACUGCCCCAGAAUCUACUGUCCGCAAAACUGUCUGCAAGAACACCCUCAAGUCUCCAGAGUCAUCGGGACCAGAGUCUAUUCAGAUAAAUCCAGUAUCUGCAGAUCAGCAAUUCACGCCGGCGUGAUAAAGAGCGAGCAGGGCGGCUACAUUGACGUGAUGCCAGUGGAAAACAGGCUGUACUAUUCCGGCUCGUAUCAAAACAGCGUUUCGUCUGAGAGCAUGCAGAACCCUCCAGGAGGAAAAGCGUUCCGAGUGUUUGCAGUCAUUUGAGCGCAUCCCGAACUCUAAUCACUUUUUUUUUUUUCUGGUGGUUGUUUACACGAGUGAUUACUUAGCUAAGUACAGUCAGAAGGUGGAGAAGAAUGAGGAGAUCUGUACAUAUUUGCUAUUUUUUGUUCAGUUUGUUUCGCGGAAGUUGUAUGCAUUGUUUUGUCUUUGUGAUGUUCUCAUCUUGAAUCUGAAGCAUUUAAUUAGAGGACAAUACAGGGAAUAUAAUAUCCAAAAGGUCCAAAAGUCUGUGUAUGUUACUAGAAUGGUUUUCUCAUGUUACUUCACAAAAAAAAAUAAAUAAAUAAAAAAUCCAGAUCACUGGGUUUUUGUUGGCUAAAAGGCAAAACAUAUCAAGUUUUAAUGCGUUCAUAUUCAGAUGUACUCCGAUUUCACACAGAUGUAUUGUUUGCGAUGUAUUAUUAUUAUUAUUACAAUUAAAAAUAACUAUCAAUUACCAAAUACUGUAUUAAAAUACAUAAGCUGUGUGUAAUACGUAGCUGAUGAAUUAUUUGGUAGUGCACUCAGACUUUUGGACCUCACUUUAUAUAACAUCAAGUCACGUAAAGCAUUAUUUGGCUUUGUGGAGGUUAGUACUUGCUCCCCCAUUGAGAAAAUGAGACAUGAAAAGUAAAUCCAUCUAUAGUUGAGCAAUAUGUUUGACAUAU